AUGGACACCGACCUGUACGACGAGUUUGGGAACUACAUCGGGCCGGAGCUGGACUCGGACGAUGACGACGACGAGCUGGGCAGAGAGUCUAAAGAUCUGGAUGAGCUCGAGGAUGAUGACGAUGAUGAUGAUAUGGGAGACCAUGAUGAGGACCACCCUGGGAUGGAGGUGGUGCUGCAUGAGGAUAAGAAAUACUAUCCCACCGCCGAGGAGGUCUACGGGCCUGAAGUAGAGACGAUAGUACAAGAGGAAGACACGCAGCCUCUCACUGAGCCUAUUAUUAAACCUGUGAAAACCAAAAAAUUCUCUCUGAUGGAACAGACGUUACCGGUCACUGUCUAUGAGAUGGAUUUCCUGGCAGAUCUGAUGGACAACUCGGAGCUAAUUCGAAAUGUGACUCUGUGUGGGCACCUUCACCACGGCAAGACUUGUUUUGUUGACUGCCUGAUAGAACAGACACACCCAGAAAUCCGGAAGCGCUACGACCAGGAUCUUUGCUACACUGAUAUAUUGUUCACAGAGCAAGAGAGGGGAGUAGGGAUCAAGAGCACACCAGUGACGAUUGUUCUGCCAGACACCAAAGGAAAAUCUUUUCUCUUCAACAUCAUCGACACACCAGGUCACGUCAAUUUUUCUGAUGAGGUGACAGCCGGCCUUCGUAUUUCAGACGGAGUUGUACUUUUCAUUGAUGCGGCCGAGGGGGUGAUGCUGAACACAGAGAGGCUGAUCAAGCACGCGGUGCAGGAAAGGCUCGCAGUGACUGUGUGCAUCAACAAGAUAGACCGACUGAUCCUGGAGCUGAAAUUGCCCCCUACAGACGCGUAUUACAAACUCAGACAUAUCGUAGAUGAAGUUAAUGGGCUGAUCAGCAUGUAUUCCACUGAUGAGAACCUCGUUCUGUCUCCCCUUCUGGGGAACGUGUGUUUCUCCAGUUCACAGUACAGCAUCUGCUUCACGCUGGGAUCUUUUGCAAAGAUUUAUGCAGACACAUAUGGAGACAUCAAUUAUCAGGAGUUUGCAAAGCGGCUUUGGGGUGACAUCUACUUCAACCCGAAGACUCGCAAAUUCACUAAAAAGGCCCCGACGAGCAGUUCCCAGCGCAGUUUUGUGGAGUUCAUUCUGGAGCCCCUGUACAAGAUCUUGGCUCAGGUGGUGGGGGAUGUGGACACAACCCUGCCGAGGACUCUGGAUGAACUUGGCAUUCACUUGACCAAAGAGGAAUUGAAAUUGAACAUUCGACCCCUCCUGCGGCUUGUCUGCAAGAAGUUCUUCGGGGAAUUCACAGGCUUUGUGGACAUGUGUGUGCAGCAUAUCCCCUCCCCGAAGGUGGGAGCCAAGACGAAAAUCGAACAUACCUACACUGGUGGUGUCGACUCUGAUCUGGGGGAGGCCAUGAGUGAAUGCGACCCUGACGGUCCGCUGAUGUGUCACACAACGAAAAUGUACAGCACGGACGAUGGCGUUCAGUUCCACGCCUUUGGCAGAGUGCUCAGUGGUACCAUCCAUGCUGGGCAGCCUGUGAAGGUCCUUGGAGAAAACUAUACCCUGGAAGAUGAGGAAGAUUCCCAGAUCUGCACCGUUGGACGCCUCUGGAUCUCGGUGGCAAGGUAUCACAUUGAGGUAAACCGGGUUCCUGCCGGCAACUGGGUGCUGAUAGAAGGAGUGGACCAGCCCAUAGUGAAGACUGCAACCGUCACGGAACCUCGGGGCAAUGAGGAGGCUCAGAUCUUCCGUCCUUUGAAGUUCAACACCACGUCUGUCAUCAAAAUAGCUGUGGAGCCGGUCAACCCCUCGGAGCUCCCCAAAAUGUUAGAUGGUCUCCGCAAAGUCAACAAGAGUUACCCCUCACUUACUACUAAGGUGGAAGAGUCUGGGGAGCAUGUGAUCCUGGGGACGGGGGAGCUCUACCUGGAUUGUGUGAUGCACGACCUACGGAAGAUGUAUUCGGAGAUUGAUAUCAAGGUCGCCGAUCCAGUUGUGACAUUCUGCGAGACAGUGGUGGAAACGUCCUCCCUGAAGUGCUUUGCCGAGACACCCAACAAGAAGAACAAGAUCACUAUGAUUGCUGAGCCUCUGGAGAAGGGACUUGCGGAGGACAUUGAAAACGAAGUGGUCCAGAUAACGUGGAACAGAAAGAAGCUGGGUGAAUUCUUCCAGACCAAAUAUGACUGGGAUUUGCUGGCUGCCCGUUCCAUCUGGGCCUUUGGGCCAGACGCCACAGGCCCAAACAUCCUAGUAGACGAUACGCUGCCCUCGGAGGUGGACAAGUCACUGCUGGGCUCUGUGAAGGACAGCAUUGUGCAGGGAUUUCAGUGGGGGACCAGGGAAGGGCCUCUCUGUGACGAAC